CGUGCAAGAAGUAGGAGGGAAAAAAAGAUGGAUAGAUGGAUUAGAAAUUGACAAGAGUUGCGGGGGAGGGGGUGUCUGAUAAGCCUUACCCUGAUGUAUGCCCCCCCUCGUAUUUGUCAAUUCCAUCCCACCAGAAGCGGAAGGAAGGCGGCGUUGUAUGAGGGAAAUGCAACAAGACGAGGAUGAUGAGGAGCUUCGCAGCUUAGAGAGCCCCCUCAUCGUCAAGAAGAAGAAACGAGGGCCCAAGAAGCAGAAGGAGAACAAGCCAGGGAAACCCAGGAAGCGCAAGAAAUUAGUCAGCGAGGAUGAGUUUGAGUCGGACCGAGAGGAGUAUCGGGCCAAGUCCGAGAGUGGUGGAAGUGAUUAUGGGGGAGUGGGGAAGAAAAAGCGAAGGAAGCAUCGGGAGAAGAAGGAGAAGAAGACGAAGCGGCGGAAAAAGUCGGAGGAAGAUGGAGUGCAGAAGCCAAAGGUGGAGCAGAAGUCCUCUGCUCAGCUGCUCAUGACCUGGGGGCUGGAGGAUGUGGACCACGUCUUUACCGAAGAGGACUACCACACCUUGACUAACUACAAAGCCUUCAGCCAGUUCAUGAGGCCUCUCAUUGCCAAAAAGAACCCCAAGAUUCCUAUGUCCAAAAUGAUGACUAUCAUGGGAGCCAAGUGGCGGGAGUUCAGCGCCAACAACCCCUUCAAAGGGUCCACAGCAGCUGUAGCUGCGGCAGCCGCUGCCGCCGCCGCUGCCGUAGCUGAGCAGGUGUCUGCCGCGGUGUCGGCUGUCACUGCUGCGCCUGAGCUGCCACCACCUCCUCCGCUUCAGCCAGCUCAGCCUGCUCCCCUCCGCAAAGCCAAAACCAAAGAAGGCAAAGGUCCUGGCCACAAGAAACGGAGCAAGAGCCCACGCAUCCCGGAGGUGAAGCGGAAGGGCAAGGGGAAGCGGAUGGCACCUCUGAAGAUCAAGCUGGGCAUGAUCGGGGGAAAGCGCAAGAAGAGCAGCUCACAUUUGUUUCAGAGCGACGAGUUGGGAGAGCCAGAGGAGGAAUCUGACCUUGACAACUCCAGCGUUCACAGCUCCUCCGUGCGUUCAGACAGUUCAGGGAGGGUCAAGAAACUGAAGCGGGGCAGGCCUGGACGGAAGAAGAAAAAAGUUGCUGGUGAAGAAGAGGCAGACGGCUACGAGACAGACCACCAAGACUACUGUGAGGUGUGUCAGCAGGGCGGGGAGAUCAUCCUCUGCGACUCAUGUCCCAGAGCUUACCACCUGGUGUGCCUGGAUCCGGAGCUAGACAAGGCCCCCGAGGGCAAGUGGAGCUGCCCCCACUGUGAGAAGGAAGGGGUGCAGUGGGAGCCGAAGGAGGAGGAAGAGGAGUAUGAAGGGGAGAUGGACGACGGUGAAAAGGAGGAGGAGGAUGACCACAUGGAGUACUGCCGGGUCUGCAAGGAUGGCGGCGAGCUCUUGUGCUGUGACGCUUGCAUCUCCUCCUACCACAUUCACUGCCUCAACCCACCGCUCCCAGAGAUCCCCAACGGGGAAUGGCUGUGUCCUCGCUGCACGUGUCCCAUGCUGAAAGGCCGUGUACAGAAAAUCCUACACUGGCGAUGGGGGGAGCCCCCGACCCCAGUAGCCAUUCCCCUGCCGUCUGACCUCAAGCCGGAAGACCCGCCGCCGAAGUUGCUGCAAGGGCGUUCGGAACGCGAGUUCUUUGUCAAAUGGGUUGGCCUCUCCUAUUGGCACUGCUGCUGGAUCAAGGAACUACAGCUCGAGAUCUUCCACCUGGUGAUGUACAGAAAUUACCAGCGGAAGAAUGACAUGGAUGAGCCCCCGCCGCUUGACUAUGGCUCCGGUGAGGACGACGGCAAGAGCGAGAAGAGGAAGAACAAAGACCCUUUCUAUGCUGAGAUGGAGGAAAAGUUCUACCGCUACGGCAUCAAGCCUGACUGGAUGACCAUCCACCGCGUUCUAAACCACAGUAUUGACAAAAAGGGCAACUACCACUACCUGGUGAAAUGGCGGGACCUUUCCUAUGAUCAGUCCACGUGGGAGGAGGAUGAGAUGGCCAUUCCUGAAUAUGAGUAUCACAAGCAGGCCUAUUGGCAGCACAGGGAGCUAAUUAUGGGUGAAGAUCCCGCUCAGCCUAAGAAGUACAAGAAGAAGAAGAAGGAACUGACCUCGGAGGACCCUCCAAACUCUCCCAGCAACGAUCCCACAGUGAAGUACGACAGCCAGCCGCGCUUCAUCACCGCCACGGGGGGGACUCUGCACAUGUACCAGCUGGAAGGCCUGAACUGGCUGCGAUUCUCCUGGGCCCAGGGCACAGACACCAUCCUGGCGGACGAGAUGGGUCUUGGCAAGACCAUCCAGACCAUCGUCUUCUUGUACUCGCUGUACAGGGAGGGCCACACCAAGGGUCCCUUCCUGGUCAGCGCUCCACUGUCCACCAUCAUCAACUGGGAGCGGGAGUUCCAGAUGUGGGCGCCCAACUUCUAUGUGGUGACCUACACGGGGGACAAGGACAGCCGCUCCAUCAUCCGCGAAAAUGAGUUCUCCUUCGAGGACAAUGCCAUGAAGGGUGGGAAGAAGGCCUUCAAAAUGAAAAGAGAAGCUCAGGUGAAGUUUCAUGUCCUCCUCACCUCCUACGAGCUGGUCACCAUUGACCAGGCCGCACUGGCGUCCAUCCAGUGGGCCUGCCUUGUUGUGGACGAAGCUCACCGACUGAAGAACAACCAGUCCAAAUUCUUCAGGGUGCUCAACGGCUACAAGAUCGACCACAAGCUGCUGCUGACGGGGACCCCGCUGCAGAACAACCUGGAGGAAUUGUUCCACCUGCUGAAUUUCCUCACGCCGGAGAGAUUCAAUAACCUGGAAGGCUUCCUGGAGGAAUUUGCUGACAUCUCCAAGGAAGACCAAAUCAAAAAGCUCCAUGACCUGCUGGGCCCCCACAUGCUCCGCCGAUUGAAGGCCGACGUCUUCAAGAACAUGCCCGCCAAGACUGAGCUCAUUGUCCGGGUGGAGCUCAGCCCCAUGCAGAAGAAAUACUACAAAUACAUCCUGACUCGCAACUUUGAGGCUUUGAAUUCACGUGGAGGUGGGAAUCAGGUCUCCUUGCUCAAUAUCAUGAUGGAUCUGAAGAAAUGCUGUAACCAUCCCUACCUCUUCCCUGUUGCUGCAAUGGAGUCCCCCAAACUGCCCAGUGGUGCCUACGAAGGGGGUGCACUGAUCAAGUCCUCUGGGAAGCUGAUGCUGUUGCAGAAGAUGUUGAGGAAGCUGAAAGAUCAGGGCCAUCGGGUGCUGAUCUUCUCCCAGAUGACCAAAAUGCUGGACCUUCUUGAGGAUUUCCUUGACUAUGAAGGAUACAAGUACGAGCGCAUUGACGGAGGCAUUACUGGCGCCCUGCGGCAAGAGGCCAUUGACAGGUUCAACGCUCCAGGAGCUCAGCAGUUUUGCUUCCUGCUCUCCACCCGGGCAGGGGGUUUGGGCAUCAACUUGGCCACAGCAGACACCGUGAUCAUCUUUGACUCGGACUGGAAUCCCCACAAUGAUAUUCAGGCUUUCAGCAGAGCUCAUCGCAUUGGCCAGGCCAACAAGGUGAUGAUCUACCGUUUUGUCACGCGGGCCUCAGUCGAGGAGCGGAUUACGCAGGUGGCCAAGCGCAAGAUGAUGCUGACUCACCUCGUGGUGCGCCCGGGACUGGGCUCAAAGUCGGGCAGCAUGUCCAAGCAGGAGCUGGACGACAUCCUAAAGUUCGGCACUGAGGAGCUCUUCAAGGACGAAAAUGAAGGGGAGAACAAAGAAGAGGACAGCAGCGUCAUCCACUACGACAACGGAGCCAUCGCGCGCCUGCUGGACCGUAACCAGGAUGCCACCGAUGACGCAGAUGUUCAGAACAUGAACGAGUACCUCAGCUCCUUCAAGGUGGCGCAGUACGUGGUCCGGGAGGAAGACAAGAUCGAGGAGAUCGAGCGGGAGAUCAUCAAGCAAGAAGAAAACGUGGACCCUGACUACUGGGAGAAGCUGCUGCGGCACCAUUACGAGCAGCAGCAAGAGGACUUGGCCCGCAACCUGGGCAAAGGGAAGCGGGUGCGCAAGCAGGUCAACUACAAUGACGCGGCCCAGGAGGACCAAGACAAUCAGUCCGAAUACUCGGUGGGCUCCGAAGAAGAGGACGAAGAUUUCGACGAGAGGCCAGAAGGUCGCCGACAGUCCAGACGGCAGCUCCGGAACGAGAAGGACAAGCCCCUCCCCCCGCUCCUGGCCCGGGUUGGCGGGAACAUUGAGGUGCUGGGCUUCAACACUCGCCAGCGCAAGGCCUUCCUGAACGCUGUCAUGCGCUGGGGCAUGCCUCCCCAAGAUGCCUUCACCUCCCAGUGGCUGGUCCGGGACUUGCGGGGCAAGACAGAGAAAGAAUUUAAGGCCUACGUCUCUCUCUUCAUGAGGCACCUCUGUGAGCCCGGGGCCGACGGCUCGGAGACCUUCGCUGACGGGGUGCCCAGGGAAGGGCUGUCGAGGCAGCAGGUCCUCACCCGGAUAGGCGUCAUGUCUCUGGUGAAGAAAAAGGUGCAGGAGUUUGAGCAUAUCAACGGGCGCUGGAGCAUGCCAGAGUUGAUGCCUGACCCCAGUGCCGACUCCAAAAAGUCCUCCCGAGCAUCAUCCCCUACUAUCAAAACGUCCACCACCACCCCGGACCCCAGCUGUACUAACACUCCCUGCACCUCCAAGCCAGCUACCCCAGCUCCAAGUGACAAAGGGGACGGGGGGAUCCUGGCAGAAAAAGAGGAGCCGGAGGCCAAAGACGAGAAACCAGAGAAGGAAGCCAAGAGUGGCGAGAAAAUGGAGACAGAGCCUUCAGCUCCUGAGCAGCCCAUUUCUAACACCCUCCCUGCGGAGAAAACAGAGCUGGAGCCGUCCAAGAAACCCGAGGAAGAGGGACCAAUGGCCCUGGGAGAGAAGGAGCCGGAAGCUGAGCUUGCAGUCAAGGAAGAGAGAGAGAAAUCAGGUAAUGAAGCUGAUCCGGAGAAACUUGCGGCAGAUGAAAAACCUGCUGAGAGCGAGGAGAGCAAGGAAAAGGCUGAAGGGGAGAUGCCGGAGGUGAAGAAAGAAGAGGCAAAACCCGAGAGGGAGACAGGAAAAGAGCCCAAAGCUGGCAGCGUCAAAGACGACAGCCGGAGCAACGGCAAGAAAGAGGACAAGGCAGAGAAGCCCCGCUUCAUGUUCAACAUUGCUGACGGCGGCUUCACAGAACUUCACACCCUGUGGCAGAAUGAGGAGAGAGCCGCCAUCUCCUCCAGUAAGCUUAAUGAGAUCUGGCACCGCCGGCAUGACUACUGGCUACUGGCUGGCAUUGUCCUCCAUGGCUAUGCUCGCUGGCAGGAUAUCCAGAACGACAACCAGUUUGCCAUCAUCAACGAGCCUUUCAAGACGGAAGCCAACAAGGGCAACUUCUUGGAGAUGAAGAACAAGUUCCUGGCCAGGAGGUUCAAGCUCCUGGAGCAGGCCCUGGUGAUUGAGGAGCAGCUGCGUCGAGCUGCCUAUCUGAACAUGACUCAGGACCCGAGCCACCCGGCCAUGGCCCUCAACACUCGCUUUGCCGAGGUGGAGUGUCUGGCUGAGAGCCAUCAGCAUUUGUCCAAGGAAUCUCUGGCCGGCAACAAGCCCGCCAACGCCGUCCUGCACAAGGUGCUGAACCAGCUCGAGGAACUUCUCAGUGACAUGAAGGCAGACGUGACGCGCCUGCCUGCCACGCUUUCCCGCAUCCCCCCGAUCGCUGCCCGCCUCCAGAUGUCGGAACGCAGCAUCCUCAGCCGCUUGGCCAGCAAAGGGAAUGAGACACAGACUACCCCGGCUUUCCCCCCUGGGCCCUAUGCCACCCCUCCGACCUUUGGGGGCUCAUUUGGGGCCGGUCCCGGAGGGGUGCUGCCCACCAUGGGCGCCAACUACAGCCAGAUGCCAACCGGCUCCUUCAUCACAGCCAACGGUCCCCCAGUGAUUGUGAAGAAGGAGAAGGAAGGUGAGAGCCUAGAGAAGAAGGAGGCGAAAAGCGGGGAGGUGAUCUGCAUAGACGACUGAGGGGUGCUUCCGGCUCACCCGCCUGGUCACGACUGGACAGGUUCUGCCUCCUGGCAGGAGGGAGACGCUUCCCCUCAAGCCC